AGCAAAAAAUUAUAUCCGUUUUUUGCCCCGAUUGUCCUCCAAUAAAAGUACAUAAAUUAAUAAUAAUACAAUUUAAUCGGUCAUAUUCAAAUUGUGAGGCGCUUAUAUUGGUUGAAAAUAGCGGCACGCGUGACGCUGUCUGUUCUAGUCACUAGUCAAAUAAUUGUCAAACCGCACAUAACCUCAAUCAUUGCUACCCCAAAACUCCAAAGUAAACAUUCAUUCAAUCAGAAAAGUGACUCUUUCUAUUGAAAGUGCUGUUCCCCAACAUGAACAUCAGACUGGAUGUCUAUCCAAAGAGUUGGAAGGAUGCGUGCGUUACCGCCUUUUUGCUAGUGAUAAUUCCAGUGAUUUACUACUUCGAGCUCUAUGUCGUUUUGCCCACUUUUUAUCCACCUUGGGGCCUGGCCUAUCUUUUCCAUUUCGCCGUGGGACACUUCAUUCUGUUCAAUUUGUGCUCGAAUUUGCUGGCAAUUGUUCUAAUCGAUACGAGCAUCGCAGGUAAAAUGCUGCCUACUGAUGGGGUGAACUGGCAUUUUUGCUCGGUCUGCGAAACGUUUGUGCCCGCAAGAUCGUAUCACUGCCCCACUUGCAACGUUUGCAUCUUGAAGCGGGAUCAUCAUUGCAUGUUCACCAGCUGCUGUAUUGGACAUUACAAUCACAGGUUUUUCUUGGUGUUUGUUCUUUAUGUCUUUAUCGCCAUUCUUUAUUCGACAGUUUAUAAUGUACAGUAUAUUUAUCAAUUUAUCACGUUCGACUCCUACUUGUCCCUGCUGAAGAUAGUGUUUCCUUUAACCAUGCUGUUUGUUAAGUGGACUUCGUAUCAGCUUCAGCUUUCUUUAGUGAUUGUAGGUAUUUUAGGCUGUUUGUUUACUGGAGUGCUACUCUACUAUCACCUAAAUUUGAUACUUAACGGUUUUACAACGCAUGAGAGAGGUAGGCAAGUUAGCGUUUAUGAUCAGGGAAAGAUGAACAAUUUGAAAAUCGCCUUAGGAAAUAGAUGGUACUUAGUUUGGAUAAGUCCUUGUAUAGACAGUGUAUUGCCAUGUGAUGGUGCAGUGUGGACAACUAACUUAUCAACCAAAGGCAAAUAAAUUGUGCAAUAAACCAAUCAAGCGACUUAAA